AUGUUAAGAGAGCCACCGUGCCGGCAGAGCCCACUGAGUGACCCCCGAUCAGCUGUGGAGGUGGGUGGGCCUGUGGCUCCACAUCCCACCAUCCCUCCUCCUACUUCACAUGCUGUGCUCUCUGUGACACCUCCAUCACUAGUCGCACAAAAUCAUCUGAACAAGCUGGGGUCUGUGCUCCAACGUGCCUUCUACGGGUCCAGUGGGAGGGUGACCCUUUUCGAGCAGCGAAACUUCGCUGGCAGACGUCUGGACCUGAGCUCUGACUGUUCCAGGCUCAGUGACAGGAACUUCCCAGAGAGAUGUAACUCUGUGCAGGUGGAGAGUGGAGCAUGGGUUGGUUACGAGCAUGAGAACUUCCGGGGCCGUCAGUACCUGUGGGACAUGUCUGAAAGGGGAGAGUACAACUGCUACGACAGGUGGUGUGCUCAGGUCGACCAUGUGUCCUCUGUCCGCUCUGUCAAACAGGACAACAACCCUCCCAGAGCUCAGCUGUUUGAGCGCGCCAGUUUCUCCGGUAAGAAGAUGGAGAUCCAGGACGACAUCCCCAACCUGAUGAGCCGCUACAGCCUCAACAGAGUCGCCUCCAUCCGCGUCCUGGGAGGAGCCUGGGUGGUGUAUCAGGAGCCCAACUACAGAGGGCCUCAUUACAUCCUGGAGAAGAAGGAUUACAGCAACUUCUCUGACUGGGGCAGUCAGAACAGCACCGUGGGCUCCAUGCGCAGGGUCCGCUUCAACUGA